CGUCAUUUUGUAGCGCCGCUAAACGAACAUUCAAGACAAUCGAUAAGAGGAACCUUGUUUUGGAUCGGUCCUAAUGUAAAAUGUGUGAGACGUCUCUUCCAUCGGCUCUCCAGGAGCGCAUGCAGUGUUUGCAGGAACUCGGAGACUUCACAGAAAGUUGUCAAGCGGAACUGAAAGAUUUGUUUGAGGCGCUGGGAUGGAGUCCGGAGUCGGACGCACAUGCAGCGCAGGUAGAACAAGUGCAGCAGAAAAACACAUCGUUCGGGUUGGAGAUGAAAAUUCUUGGGAUGAACGUGUGCCCAUUCGAUCCGAAUCACACAGUUCAGCGGGACAGGAUGGAGAAACACAAGGCUGCCUGUCGACUCAGUCAGCUGGGAUACUCAAAAGAGGAGCAGGCUGAAAUGUGUGAUCCUUCAGUUUGCUAUGAGAACACAACCAUUCCUUCUACAAUUAUAGAUAAAGAGACAAUGCAGCAAGUAAUUUUUCAGGCCCGGGCGAAUGUGCCUCCUAUGGGAUCUGCGCAUGCACAAAGUGAUUAUUCCACAGAUGCCCCUGAUGUACCUCACAAUCAUAAACGUGCGUUAUGUGACCUCACAGCGGCCGACCGAUUGGCUCUUUAUGAUCAUGUGAUACAAGAAGCCACUCAACAGAGUGCAAGAAGACAACCCAACAAUGAGGAUCUUUAUGUGGAUCUUGUUGCUAAACUUAAAAGAGGCGAUGACCAGAGUGAGCCAAAGUCUCAUCUGGAGGUCUUGGCUGAAAUGCGGGACUACAGGAGACGCAGACAGUCUUACAGAGCAAAAAACGUUCACAUCACCAAAAAGUCCUACACGGAGGUAAUUCGGGACGUGAUUGAUGUUCACUCUGGAGAGCUAGCCAGGGUUUGGCAGGAAGAGAAGGAGUCGAAAGCAUCACAGCAGUCAUCUCGCAGACGUGCAUCUGAGACGGACCGAUCGGCAUCUGUUGAGUCACGUGACUCUCGUAUUAGCUCCCGAGAUGAGCAUGGGGGCAAACGGCACCGUAAACGCAGUCGAGAGAGGGAGAACAAGAGUAAGAGUAAAAGGGAUUCCCACUCUCCAAAGAGACACCACAAGAAAAAAAAGAAACAUAAGUCUUGAAGUAUCGAAGAAUUGUGUUUUUAUUUCAGAUUUCAGGUUUUCACUUUUGCUGUCUCCUUGGUCCGAUGUUUUUAAUAGUGUGCUAAAUGUGAAUAAAACAAUGGCCUAAAAGU